AAAAAAUUAAUAUCUUAAAAAAAUGACUCAUAGUUAUGGAUUGAAAAAAGGAACAAGAAGCAAGUUUGCUAAACCAUUUAGAGGACAUGGUAAUAUUAGUAUACGUAAAACACUCUAAACUUUUAGAAGAGGUAUAUUAUUUUACAAUUUUAUAUAAAAGGUGAUUUUGUUGACAUUUUGGUUGAUGGGGCAUAACAUAAAGGAGUACCAUUUUAAUAUUAUCAUGGACGUACAGCCAGAGUUUUCAAUGUUAAUCCAAGAGGAAUUGGUGUCUCAUUAUAAAGAAGAGUCAGAGGUAGAUAUGUAGAAAAAAGAUUUCAUGUCAGAGCUGAUCAUUUGAGACCAUCUAAAUGCAGAGAAGAAUUUGUUAAAAGAGUUUAAGAAAAUGAUAAGAAAAAGACAGAAGCCAAUAAAAAGAAAUAACUUAUAUCAACUAAAAGACAACCCGUAUUACCUAGAGGUGCUGAAGUUGUUAAACCAAAUGCUACAGUCUUUUAAAAUCCAAAAGCAUUUGUAGAAAUCAUUUGAAAUAUAAUUACAAUAAGUAUAAUAAGAUAAUAAUUUAAUCCUAG